UUGACUCUAAUUUUAACCCAGCUGCCUGCCUGCCGACCGCUGGUAUUUUUGGACAGGGAGAAGCGAAGCUCAGCAGAUCGUCUGGGGCUGUGCCGGAGCUCGGGAGCUUGCUCGGACCGGGGCUGAGGAAGGCAGAGCUGGAUUGGAGGAAAGAUGGAACCCAACGCGGUGGACAAUGCUGAUCCCUCACUGAAGAAACGGCAAGACAGCAAGAAACCCAAAAAACCUGUGACUCCAGCCCUCCCAAGACCUGCCAGAUCCCUCUUCUGCCUCAACCUCCAGAGCCCGGUCAGGAAAACGUGCAUCAACAUCGUGGAAUGGAAGCCGUUUGAAAUCAUCAUCCUCAUCACCAUCUUUGCCAACUGCGUGGCACUGGCUAUCUUCCUGCCACUUCCAGAGGACGACACCAACAACCUGAAUUUCAAAUUGGAGAAAGUUGAGUACAUCUUCCUGAUCGUGUUCACAAUAGAAGCUGCUCUGAAGAUAAUUGCGUACGGAUUCCUCUUCCACCCUGACGCGUACCUACGCAAUGUCUGGAACAUCCUGGAUUUCAUCAUUGUCUUUGUCGGGUUGUGUACGGUCGCCCUUGAACAGUUGAGUCCAUCACCCAUGGCGCCCAAGAGUGCUGGCUUCGAUGUGAAAGCAUUGCGAGCAUUCCGAGUGCUGAGACCGUUACGUUUGGUGUCUGGGGUUCCCAGCCUGCAGGUGGUGCUGAACUCCAUCAUUAAGGCUAUGGUGCCCCUCCUGCACAUUGCUCUGCUCGUCCUCUUCAUGAUUAUCAUCUAUGCCAUCAUUGGCCUCGAGCUCUUCAUGGGCAAAAUGCACAAAACAUGCUACUAUACGGGCACAGAUAUUAUAGCUGAGGACAGGCCUGCUCCAUGUGCUCACACUGGGCACGGGCACCACUGCAAUGUGAACAGCACGGAAUGCAGGUCAGGGUGGCCGGGGCCCAACAGUGGCAUCACCCACUUUGAUAACUUUGGCUUUGCAAUGCUGACCGUGUAUCAGUGUAUCACCAUGGAGGGCUGGACAGACGUGCUAUACUGGGUCAAUGAUGCGAUUGGCAAUGAAUGGCCAUGGAUUUACUUUGUCAGCCUGAUCUUGCUUGGCUCGUUCUUCGUGCUGAACCUGGUGCUCGGGGUGCUGAGUGGUGAGUUUUCCAAGGAGCGAGAGAAAGCCAAGUCACGUGGAGACUUUCAGAAGCUGAGGGAGAAGCAGCUGUUGGACGAGGAUCUGAGGGGCUACCUGGACUGGAUCACACAGGCCGAGGACAUCGAUCUGGAUCACAUCAAACAUGGGGAAGGGAUCCUGGCUUCAGACGAGAGUGGCUCGAUGGGCUCCCAGGAGCUCUUAGAGAUGGAGGGGAUGAACAUCUGCGCAAGGUUCAGUUGGCGCUCCAAGAGGUGGAACCGCUUGUUCAGGAGGAAGUGUAGAGUGGUGGUAAAAUCCAACUUCUUUUACUGGCUGGUGAUCUUCCUGGUGUUCCUGAACACACUGCUGAUCGCUCUGGAGCACCAUCGGGAGCCGCAGUGGCUGACACAAAUGCAGGAUGUGGGCAAUAAGGUGCUGCUGGCUCUCUUCACGGUGGAGAUGCUGCUGAAGAUGUACAGCCUGGGAUUCCAGGUUUACUUUGUUUCACUCUUUAACCGCUUCGAUUGCUUCGUCGUAUGUGGGGGCAUCCUGGAGACCAUCCUGGUGGAGCUGCAGAUAAUGUCGCCAUUAGGAAUCUCCGUCCUGCGCUGUAUCCGGCUCCUCCGCAUCUUCAAAAUUACCAGAUACUGGACAUCCCUGAGUAAUCUGGUGGCAUCCCUCUUGAACUCCGUGCGCUCCAUUGCCUCGCUGCUCCUCCUUCUCUUCCUCUUCAUCAUCAUCUUCUCCUUGCUGGGGAUGCAGCUGUUUGGUGGCAAGUUCAUCUUUGAUGACAUGCAGGUGCGGAGGAGUACGUUUGACAACUUCCCUCAGGCUCUCCUCAGUGUCUUCCAGAUACUGACCGGAGAAGACUGGAAUUCUGUUAUGAAUAAUGGGAUCAUGGCGUACGGAGGCACAUCCUUCCCUGGAGUGCUGGUCUGUAUUUACUUCAUCAUCCUUUUUGUCUGCGGGAACUAUAUCCUGCUAAAUGUAUUCUUGGCCAUCGCUGUGGACAACCUGGCCGAUGCAGAGAGUCUGACCUCAGCUCAGAAAGAAGCUGCCGAGGAGAAGUUGAGGAGGAAGUUGGAGAGGGCUGCCAACCCCAACAAGGCCGAGGAGGACAAACAGCUGCUGCUGAAGAGGCUGGAAAUGGCGAAGCUGAAAUCCGAGGGAAUUCCCACCACAGCACAGCUUAAAGUGGACGAGUUUGAAGCAAAUGUGAAUGAAGUCAAAGAUCCCUACCCAUCUGAUGACUUCCCAGGUGACGAUGAGGAAGAGGAACCCGAGAUUCCCCUGAGCCCCCGCCCCCGGCCCCUCGCUGAGCUGCAGCUGAAAGAGAAAGCCGUGCCCAUGCCUAAUGCCAGCGCCUUCUUCAUCUUCAGCCCCACCAACAAAAUCCGGGUGCUGUGCCAUAGAGCCAUCAACGCCACAACUUUCACGAACUUCAUCCUGCUCUUCAUCCUCCUGAGCAGCAUCUCGCUGGCAGCAGAGGAUCCCAUUCGUCACGACUCCUUCCGGAAUCAGGUUCUUUACUACUUUGACAUUGUUUUUACUACAAUCUUUACUCUGGAGAUUGUCCUGAAGAUGACCACAUAUGGAGCUUUUCUGCACAAAGGUUCAUUCUGUCGAAAUUACUUCAACAUUCUGGACCUGUUAGUGGUCGGUGUGUCUCUCAUCUCCUUUGGAAUGCAGUCCAGUGCCAUUUCCGUGGUGAAGAUUCUUCGAGUCCUUCGUGUUCUUAGACCUCUGCGAGCUAUCAACAGAGCCAAAGGGUUGAAGCACGUGGUCCAGUGCGUGUUUGUGGCCAUCAAGACAAUCGGGAACAUUGUGAUUGUCACAACUCUCCUGCAAUUCAUGUUUGCCUGCAUCGGGGUACAACUCUUCAAGGGAAAGUUCUACAGCUGUACUGACCUAACCAAAAUGACAGAAGAGGAAUGCAAAGGCUCCUAUAUCGUGUUUAAGGAGGGAGAUGCCAAUCACCUGCAGAUCCAGGAGAGGAGAUGGCUAAACAGUGACUUUAACUUUGAUAAUGUACUGUCGGCAAUGAUGGCUCUGUUCACAGUCUCCACAUUCGAGGGCUGGCCCCAGCUGCUCUACAAGGCCAUUGACUCCCACAACGAGGAUAUGGGUCCAAUCUACAAUUACCGGGUCGGAAUCUCCAUCUUCUUCAUCAUCUACAUCAUCCUCAUUGCUUUCUUCAUGAUGAACAUCUUUGUUGGAUUUGUCAUUGUGACCUUUCAGGAACAAGGCGAGACCGAGUACAAGAACUGCGAGCUGGACAAGAACCAGCGUCAGUGUGUUCAGUAUGCCCUCAAAGCUCGGCCGCUGAUGCGCUACAUCCCCAAGAACCCGUAUCAGUACAAGGUGUGGUACCUGGUCACCUCGUCCUACUUUGAGUACCUGAUGUUUGCUCUGAUCUUCCUCAACACCAUCUGUCUAGCAAUGCAGCAUUAUGGACAGUCGGAUGACUUCAGUUACCUCUCAGACCAGCUGAAUGUGGUCUUCACAGGGCUCUUCACACUGGAGAUGGUUCUGAAACUCUGUGCUUUCAAAGCCAAAGGAUAUUUCGGAGAUCCAUGGAAUGUUUUUGACUUCCUGAUUGUCAUUGGAAGCAUCGUCGAUGUCAUUCUCAGUGAAGUUGAUACUGCUCUUGCUUCCAGUGGCGGGCUCUACUGUUUGAGCUCUGGAUGCGAUCCCAAUGAAUCAGAGGAUAGUUCACGUAUUUCCAUCAAUUUUUUCCGUCUUUUCCGUGUGAUGCGCCUGGUGAAGCUGCUGAGCCGAGGAGAAGGGGUGCGGACAUUGCUGUGGACCUUCAUUAAAUCAUUCCAGGCUUUACCAUAUGUGGCCUUGCUUAUCGUGAUGUUGUUCUUCAUCUACGCUGUCAUUGGGAUGCAGGUGUUCGGGAAGAUCGCGAAUGUGGACGGAGCGCAAAUCAAUCGCAACAAUAACUUCCAGACCUUCCCGCAGGCUGUGUUGCUGCUCUUUAGGUGUGCCACCGGGGAAGCCUGGCAGGAAAUCAUGCUAGCAUGCCAGCCUGGCAAACUCUGCGACCCCGAGUCCGAUUUUGAGCCGGGAGAGGAAUAUACCUGUGGAACCAACUUCAGCAUCUUCUACUUCAUCAGCUUCUACAUGCUCUGCGCCUUCCUGAUCAUCAACUUGUUUGUUGCUGUCAUUAUGGACAACUUUGACUAUCUGACACGUGACUGGUCAAUUCUGGGCCCCCACCACUUGGAUGAGUUUAAGAGAAUCUGGGCUGAAUAUGAUCCUGAGGCAAAAGGGAGAAUCAAGCACCUGGAUGUGGUUACACUCCUCCGACGCAUUCAGCCACCCUUGGGGUUCGGCAAGUUCUGCCCACAUCGGGUGGCUUGUAAGCGUCUCGUUGCUAUGAACAUGCCAAUGAACAGCGAUGGAACUGUGACGUUUAACGCCACCCUCUUCGCAUUGGUUCGCACCGCACUUAAAAUCAAAACAGAAGGUAACUUUGAAAAGUCCAAUGAAGAGCUGAGAGCUAUCAUUAAGAAAAUCUGGAAACGGACAAGCAUGAAACUUCUUGAUCAAGUGAUUCCUCCAAUUGGAGACGAUGAGGUGACGGUUGGCAAAUUCUACGCCACCUUCCUCAUCCAAGACCAUUUCCGAAAGUUUAAGAAACGUCAGGAAGAAUAUUAUGGAAUUUUACCAUCAAAGAAGAAUCCAAAUCAAAAUGAAAUUGAGCUUCAGGCUGGUUUGCGCAGCAUUGAAGAGGAAGCUGCCAAUGAGCUUCAUCGCACGAUAUCUGGAGAGCUGCCUGUUGAGGAUGAAGAGGGAGCAAUGGAAGAGGGUGGAGUGGAGGAUGCCAUCUUUAGAAGGUCGGGAGGUCUGUUCGGUGUCCACAUGGAUCAGUUCCCAAUGGACAGGAGUGGCUCCUAUCAGCAGCAAAUCACAAGUCAGCGGCCGUUGCAGUUCAGCAUGUCGGACGGGGGAGGGGAGGAGGUGGAGGCUCCACACGAGAGGCCCAGUGAUUCCCCCUUCACUCCCAGUGAAUUCUUCCCCUCCGCCCCAAACUCCAACACCAACAAUGCCAACAAUAUUGCUCUGGCCAGGGUUUACUAUGAAGAUGAAUUCAGUGAGGAUCUUGCAGCCCAGAUGCCUGCAGGAGAAGAGGAAGGUGGAUUUGUAAGUGUCAGACUGCAUCCAGCACCUGGAUCAGCGAGGAAACAGCCCAAUCAACUGAACAGACGCCUUCCCCGGAGGUCGGAGGUCAGAGAGCCUAAACGAGAGAUCUCAGUGACCCCAGUCCCGGACCCCAGCCAGCAGACAGAACAGAGUGAGCGACCACAGCCCCACAGCCAUUGGCUACGUCCUACAGCAGCUGCUGGUUUGCCGAGGGCGAGAGCCGCUGACCGGAGACCCUCGAGACCCCCGCUUCCUGGUGGAGAUGGUGGAGGUGUGCGACACAGAGUUGAGCCAAUGGGAGAGUGCGGAAGCCAACCCGCGACACAGCAGCUCUGUAGCCCCAUCCCAGCUGCUGGCGGCCAUGUCACCGAACUGCUGCCCUGACACCCAGCCAGAGCCUGGCCGGCACAUCGCCUGAGCCCCGUGUGGGGAGAGAGCUGCACAGCAGCACAGACUCGCUCCCUGAUUCUCCCACCAACAUGAGGGAGCGAGUGACCGCAACACAGACGAUCCCCCAGAGCGCGGACAUCCCCUCUCACCCCCUCCCCCUCCCCAGCGGCCGGGCUCCCUGAAGGCAUUUUCGAACCCAAUGUUUGUACAGUGUGAUUCAUUAAACUGCUCAGCGUGAAACCA